AUGGGAAAUCAUACGAGAGUGACAGUGUUUAUCCUAGCAGGUUUGACUGAUGACCCACAAUGGAAAGUGGUGUUAUUCAUCUUCCUGCUUCUCAUUUACAUGCUAAGCAUCACUGGCAACCUGAUCAUCAUCACACUCACCCUGCUGGAUAUUCACCUCAAGAGCCCCAUGUAUUUUUUCCUUCGGAACUUUUCCGACCUUGACUUCUGUGCCUCCAAUAUUAUUGAGCAUUUCUACUGUGACUCUACUCUUAUGCAGAUCUCCUGCACAGACACACGGAUUAUUGAGCUGAUGGGAUUCAUCUCUGCUUUGGUGACACUUGUGAUCACGUUGAUAAUGGUGAUAAUAUCAUAUACCUUUAUUGCCUUGACCAUUUUAAAAUUCCCUUCAAUUAGUCAGAGGAAAAAAGCGUUUUCGACAUGUUCUUCUCACAUGAUUGUGAUAUCCCUUUCCUAUGGCAGCUGUAUUUUCAUGUAUGUUAACCCGUCAGUCAAACAAAAGGUAUCUUUUUCCAAGGGAAUUUCUGUGCUCAAUACUUCAGUUGCGCCACUUUUGAACCCUUUCAUCUACACUUUACGGAACCAACAGGUGAAAAAAGGCUUCAUGGUUAUGGUCCACAGGCUUAUUUUUUUCACAAAGAAAUGA